AUGGGUGUUUUCACAUAUGAGAAUGAGGUCACCUCCCCCCUCCCUCCAUCGAAGUUGUUCAAGGCCUUCGUCCUUGAUGCCGACAACCUUGUCCCCAAGAUUUACAAGCACGGCAUAAAUGACCUGAACGUGGAAAUCCUUGAAGGCCAUGGAGGGCCUGGAACCAUCAAAAAGUUUACGUUUCAUGAAGGCGGCCACUUGAAAUUUUUGAAGCACAAGGUUGAUGUGCUAGACAAGGAACACUUCACAUACAAUUACAGCGUGGUUGAAGGUGGUCCUUUGUCGGAGACACUCGAGAAAGUCUCAUACGAGACCAAGUUGGUGGCUUCCCCAGAUGGAGGAACCAUCUUCAAGAGCACCGGCAAGUAUUAUACAAAAGAUCACGCUGAGAUAAAUGAAAAGAAAAUCAAGGCUGAAGAUGAAAAGGCCACGGGGGUGUUCAAGGCAGUUGAAGGCUACCUCUUGGCAAAUCCUGAAGCCUACAACUAAAGCUGCUUGAUUGUUGCAUGUAUAUCUGAUUUGUCUGG